AUGGCGAACCCCUGGCUCGCUGCUGCCCUUCGUUCUGGCUUGAACCCUCCUUUAGCUCCGGCUGAAUAUAGCUCCUCCCCAGCCCUCCUCCGCCCUCCCGACCCACCUGACUCCUCUCACUCCCUUAGCUCCACUAAUUUCCCACCCCUCGCCUUUUCUCCCUCACCCUCCUCUUCUUCCCCCUUUCAGAACUCAUCUCCUACUGCUUUUGUUGAGCCGGAGAAUGUAGUUCUUGCUUUACCUGUUCACCACAUUUCUCGACCGGUUGUUGUCAAACACCCCACUCAGUCACCUGUGACCUCGCUCCAAGAGGUGGCGGCCAUAAACCCUAACUCUGAAUCUCACUCUGUUAUUCUAACUUUACCCCCACCUUCCUCUUUUCCCGAUUCCAGUAACACCGGGAUCCUCCCCACUCCAAGCCUUCCUGUCUCAUCUCAAACUGAAAUUAAUGCCUCUACCCCUUGUAGUGGUGACGCCCCUGGUUUCAAGCCUGCCUCUACAAAAACAAUUGGUCCCUCGGCUAAUACUCACACUCCUCCUCCGAUACCUCAGAAAUUGAAGACAUGGGCAGAGAGGAUUAAGCGUGAUACAGACAGAUCCCUCGAGAGACUUGCCCCAAUAUCCUACUCCCCUGAAGGAAAACCCAGAAUUGCAAUUCCUGACUCUGUUUUCCAGGAAGAAGCAGAUCUCCACAAAGACUUUAUUAUCUGCCGAUUCAAGGGUAGACCUCCUUCCUACACUCACAUACACAAUGUUCUGAGCCACUUGUGGGGAAAAGGUCAGCGCUUAGAAAUUCAUCUCAACAUUGUCAACCACUCCAUGCUUGUCAGAAUCCCGAAUGAAUUCAUCCGCACUAAAGUUCUUCUCAAAAAGCUCUGGUACAUUGGCGAAUGUAUAUUCACGGUGGCUCAAUGGGAUUCUACCGGUGGUUCUUCCCAGGAUCUCGAUGCUAUCCCUAUCUGGGCUCACCUCCAAGGCAUGCCAUUCAACCUAAUGCACCGAAAAGGAAUUAGUCUUGUUGCAGGAUUAAUAGGAGAACCAAUUGAAAGGGAUGAAUACACUAUGAACCUUGUUAGCCUAACCGAAGCACAUGUCAAAGUAGAAGUAAACCUCAACAAACCACUUCCUUCUUUAGUGGAAGUCUCCAGAGAUGACGGCUCUAUCAUAGAGAUUAAUGUGGUCUAUCCUUGGACUCCUCCCACUUGCUCUAACUGCAAAUUGCUGGGACAUGUCAUCAGAUACUGCCCGUUGCUCCCCCCAACUACAAAUGCAGGGAAAAAAAUCAGGUGUGGAAGAUAA